GCCGGUGGCCACUGACAUCACGCCCCUACCUAAACAGACAUCAUCAUGCCAAUAUGGGCACCACGGCUUCGGAGCCUAAAACUCUUCGUCUGGGUGGGCAGGAACAUGGCCAACUCUACCCCUUCCCGUUCAGUCACUCCUUCCCCACCCGAUCAGCCUUGCUCCACGGUGUUCCAAAAGGCGCCUGUGGAUUCUAGCACUCGGAUUCCCCUUUCAUAUUGGCCCGAACCUCUCAUUAGUUUGAUCCCUUGCGCCUUCCAACCACACUUACCCCUUGGUUGAGAGGGACUCGGCCUCCUUGACGUUCUUCCCGUCCAUUGAUUGUCGAAGCGACUCUCUCCAUCCCACGGUACGGGCUUAACAAACCGUACAAUAGCAGAUCCAUGUCCGAACACGAUCAACACGAUCAACAAGGAAAAAUGACCCAGAAGAUCCUCCGUGUCGGUAUCCUCACCGCGGGCCCUGGAGCCCAAGUAAUCCAGACAAUCUACCUCCCCGUAUUGCGCGACCUGAAGAACUCCUUCCAGGCCACUGUGAUCUACUCUGACCCCCCCGCACCGCCUAAGAACGGCACGUCCAACGGCCAUGAUGAGACCCUGCGGAUCGCCCGGACGCCCGACGAAGUCGUCCGGUCCAGCGACGUCGACCUAGUCUUCAACUUCAUGCCUACCGAGUUCCACGAGUUCUACACUGUGGCCGCCCUGGCGGCGGGAAAGCAUGUCAUGCUGGAAGCUCCGAUCAGCCUGGGCCUCAUGAGCGCGAAACGCAUCAUUCUCGCCGAGCGGCAGGCGCCCAACGGCGCCAAGGUCUUUGUCGCCUCGGUGCGUCGCUACGCGCCGUGCGUCGACGUCUUCCGUCAGGAAGUCGCCAGCAUAGACCGCAUCUACUAUGCGCGCUGCCGCAACAUCGCCGGUCCGCACGCAGCGCACAGCGUCACCGCUCCACAGGAGCAGUGGCCGACGAUCAUCCCCACGCGGCCCUCGCUACCGGUCACGGGAGCAGACCGCGAGCAACCCCAGGGCCAGCAGCUCCUCAACAACCUGUUGCAGGAGACCUUCGCGGGGCAGGACCUCAGCCCGGCACGCAUCUCCCUCUGCCAGUUCCUCGCGUCCCUCGGCUGCUACGAUCUGGGCCUCAUGCGUGACGCGCUGGGCUACCCCGACGCGGUCUCCAGCAUCUCCGUCAACGCGCCCUUCUACUCCGCCGUCUUCCACUACGGCGACGACACCCUCGACGCCCACCCCUACACCCUCCUGUACGAGACCGGCACGGACUCCGUCCCGCGCCGCGACGCGCACCUCGCCGUCUACGGCCGCUCCAAGACCGUCACCAUCCACUACGACCUGCCCUACGUGCCGGGCCAGCCCGUCCGCGUCGUUGUCGAAACGGCCGACGCCCAGGGCACCCUCCACACCCAGGAGACUGUCUCCCGCUGGGAAGACGCCUACCGAGCCGAGCUGGAGGCCCUGCACGCCUACCUCGUCGCCGGCACCAAGCCACGCACCACCACGGCCGACGCCAUCCAGGACCUGAGACUGUUCCAAACCAUCUUCGACCAGUACGAUCGACAGUGUGGUACGGUGCGAACUCCGCUGGGCUAAUCCCUCUCUCUUCUUUUUUCUUUCUUUUCUUCUUUCUUUUCUUCUUUCUU